AUGACCUGGUUGAAAAGCGCGCGAGGGCCCUUGGGGGGGUAUCGACCCCAGUUGGCAGUGCAGUUCAGGAAACAAUGCUUCUACACUGCACACAGAUUGCGCCCACGCCCUGUCACCCCUAUAUUGUCCACAUGCCGGAGGGCAGUCACGACCACGACCGAAGCUGGCGACGAUGACACCGGCCACAUCGAGACCAAGAAAAACGAAGGGAUAUUGUUCUUUGACAACGUGUUCCCUCUUAAACUCCUAUGGCUAAAUCGUAUCCCCCUCUUCAAUGCCGAGAGGGCCAUCACCAACUCGCUGAGCAAGGUCAACCAUCCAGACCUCGCCCUGGCCGAUCCCUCCAGCAUUAUUAAGAGAGCUCUCCCGGACACGUUGCCGCUCAAAGUCACUCAAGUUUUGCCCCGACUGCGAGAGGGAGGAGCAUUUGUCAAGUUCUCGCAUGAGGAUGGUAUACGUACGACAGAAUUGGAAAGCACGCUGAAGGCAUAUCUGGAGGAGAAGCCAAUCAAGCCAUGGUUCAAUCCAUUUCGGCGGGUGAGGGCUUUUCUGGUCCGAGGAAAGCCGUGGAUUGAGGACUUGUACCGUAUCCCCAGUCCCAGGGUGAAGGUGGAAUUUUUGCCUACGUCCCCCGAAGCUUCUGCGGCCGAAUUGACUCAGGAGACGCUGUACUCCUUAUUCCGUCGGUAUGGCAAAAUUGCAGAGAUUGCUCAACAACCUUCAGACUCCAAGAUCACGCCGCGCUACGCCUACAUCGACUAUUCGAGAAUGAGAUUUGCGACAGUGGCCAAGAAUUGCAUGCAUGGCUAUCUCCUGCCCGCAGAGGAGGGUGGCGGCAAAUCUGGGACCCUGCUGAAGUUGAGUUACGAAUCCAAGAUGAAGGCACACUGGAUCCGGGAUUGGAUCACAGGCCAUCCCCGAAUUGUCAUUCCCUUGGUGGUGGCCUUGUUGACUGCGGUCUCUGUGGCAGUGUUUGAUCCCAUUCGGACCUUCUUCAUCAAGAUGCAUAUCACGCACGGCCUCAAGUUGGAGGAUUACCGGGUCUACAGGUGGAUUAAAAGCCAGCUGUCGCGUGGAUACGACAUCAUCAGGCUCCGCAUGCAAAAGGGCGUCGACGACAACCUGAAGAUUAUCUGGGAAGAUCGUCAGGGGGCGAUCAAUCAACUGCAGACAUGGCUGAUGGAAACGGCAGAUACGUUCAUCGUGGUGCAGGGUCCCCGGGGCGCUGGGAAAAAAGAGCUGGUGAUGGACCAGGCUCUGAAAGGGCGUCCGAACAAGUUGGUGAUUGACUGUAAAAAGAUCCAGGAUGCUCGGGGGGAUAGCGCCACAAUUGCCGCCGCGGCCGCCGAAGUAGGGUACAGACCUGUGUUUUCGUGGAUGAACAGCAUCAGCAGCAUGAUCGAUCUGGCCGCCAUGGGUACUAUUGGAACCAAGACGGGGUUUUCGGAGACGCUCGAGACUCAACUGAGCAAGAUCUGGGGCAACACCACUACUGCUCUGAAGCAAAUUGCCUUGUCCCAUCGGAAGGACGAGAAGGACGGUCAAAUGUCCGACGACGAAUGGCUCGAAGCUCAUCCGGAAUAUCGACCGGUCGUUGUGAUUGACAACUUUCUGCACAAGAACAACGAAGGGGCCGCGGGGAUGGUCUACGACAAACUGGGAGAGUGGGCUGCUGCCUUGACGACGCAGAAUAUUGCCCAUGUCAUUUUCCUGACCACAGACGUGUCGUUUUCCAAGUCGCUCAGCAAGGCUUUGCCAGACCGAGUCUUCCGACAGAUCACGUUGAGCGACUGUACGCCGGAAGUGGCCAAGCGGCUGGUCAUCCAGCAUCUCAACGCGGAAAGCGACGAAGAGGCCGCCGCCGCCGGGGACGAGAAAGUGACGGCUGCACAGCGGAGAAGUGACUUGGACGAGCUCGACAGCGUGAUCCAAGUGCUGGGUGGGCGACUGACCGACCUGGAAUUCCUCGCGCGCCGGAUCAAGACAGGCGAAUCACCGGGCAAAGCCGUUCGGCAGAUCAUUGAACAAUCGGCAUCCGAGAUCUUGAAGAUGUAUCUUCUUGAUGUCGACGUGUCGAGUCGGAAAUGGACCCCUCAACAAGCGUGGCUGCUGAUCAAACAGCUGGCGGCCAACGAGACACUGCGGUAUAAUGAGCUUCUGCUCAAUGACUUGUUCAAGGAUGGCGAAGCUGUUCUCCAAGCCUUGGAGCAGGCCGAACUGAUAGCAAUCACGUCAAAUAAUGGCCGGCCGUACAGCAUUAAGCCGGGGCGACCGGUGUACCAGGCCGCGUUUGAAUAUCUGACCGACGACGAGGUGCUGAAGGCGAGACUCGACAUGGCUAUCCUGGCACAGUUGAUCGGGCUGGAGAACAAGAACGUGGAGAAGUAUGAGACGGAGCUGAGGACGCUGGCGGAGUUGCCAGGCACACCGAGUGAAUUGAAGCCACGAAUCAAAUGGUGUUUGGACAAGGCGAUGGCCAGCCAUGCGAAGAUUGAGAAGUAUGAGGCACAGAGCGGUGUGUUGAAGAAGGUUCUUAUGGACCAAUUUUAG